CUGAGAACCCCACCGAAAAUGACUCUGCCGGCGGCGAGCACGGACAAGAGCGCCGGCGCCGGCGGGGUGGGCGAGCCGCUGCUGCCGGAGUCAUCCGGCGGCGGGCACGGGGCGUCGGUCCUCGGCGCGGUGUUCAACGUGUCGACGAGCAUCAUCGGCGCCGGCAUCAUGUCGAUCCCUGCGGCAAUGCGGGUGCUCGGGGUGGUCCCCGCGCUCCUCCUCAUCUUCGCCGUCGCCGCCCUCUCCGACUCCUCCGUGGAGUUCAUGCUGCGGUACACGGGCUGGGACAGCGGCCCGCCGUCGUACGCAGGGAUCAUGGGCGACGCGUUCGGCCGCGCCGGCGCCAAGGUGCUCAACGUCUGCAUCGCCUUCACCACCACCGGCACCCUCGUCGUCUACCUCAUCAUCAUCGGGGAUGUGAUGUCUGGAAGCGUUGGGGCAGGGGACGAGCACGCCGGCGUUCUGCGGGAGCUGUUCGGACCUCAGUGGUGGACGGCGAGGGAGCUUGUCAUUCUGGCCACGGCCGUUGUCGUUCUGCUGCCGCUCGUGCUCCGCCGCCGCGUCGAUUCCCUGAGGUUCACGUCGGCCGUGUCCAUCCUACUGGCGGUGGUGUUCAUGCUCAUCAGCCUGGGCAUCGCGGUGUACGCCCUCAUCAGGGGCACCGCGAAGAUGCCGCGGCUGCUCCCGGACUUCUCUCGCCUCUCUUCUCCGUUCGAGCUCUUCACCGCCGUCCCAGUAAUAGUCGUCGCCUUUACAUUCCACUUCAACGUGCACCCGAUCCGAGCGGAGCUGAGCAAGACGUCGGACAUGAAGGCGGCCGUGCGAAUCUCCCUCGUGCUCUGCGCCGUCAUCUACGCGGCGGUGGGGUUCUUCGGCUUCCUCCUGUUCGGGGACGCCACAAUGGCCGACGUGCUCGCCAACUUCGACCGCAGCUCCGGCGCCGGAGUCCCGCAGGCGCUCAACGACGCGGCGCGCCUCAGCUACGCGCUGCACCUCGUGCUAGUCUUCCCGCUGAUCCACUUCUCGCUCCGCGUCAACGUCGACGAGCUCCUGUUCCCGGGGCGGCGGCCGCUGGCCACGGACACGCGCCGGUUCAUCACGCUCACGGCCGUGCUCAUGGCGGUGCUCUACGCGCUCGCCAUCGCCAUCCCCAGCAUCUGGACGCUCUUCGAGUACUCCGGCUCAACCUUCGCCGUCUGCAUCUCGUUGAUCUUCCCCGGCGCCAUCGUUCUCAGGGAUGCUCAUGGGAUAGCGAAGCGGAAAGACAAGGUAUUGGCGGCGACGAUGAUCACUCUGGCCGUGAUCACGAGCAGCAUUGCCAUCGCCUCCAACAUCAUGAGCUCCAUCAACGGCAAGGUGGAAGGGGGCCAUGCCGCAGAUAGGUAGCAUGCGGAAUCUUGGUUUGUUGUCUGUAGCUUUCUUCUGUUUUUAUGUAUUUUAUCUGGGUGAGAUUGGCUCAGAAGGGAUGCAUGCAGGCCAUGGCAGUUGUAUACUUGUGCGCGUUGUAAGGAUUUGGCGGCAGCUCAUUGUUGUAUACUUGUACCAGUAAGACACAACCGUGUACGUAUAGUGGAAUAAUUAACUUUUUGCCACUCUUA